AUGAAAACAUCAACUAUAAUAAUAGCUAGUGUAGUGUUGACACUUUGUAUUCAUUUAUCAAACAGACUAUCAACCAAUAACGCACCUAGAAAGACAUCAAUAGAGUUCCCUUCAUUAUUACUAUUUUCACCAUCAAAUAAUAUUGAUAUUCAUCACCAACAUCAUCAUCAUCAUCAAUAUCAUCAUAAAGGUGACCCUGGAUUAGAAUCUAGAAUUAAAUUAUAUAUUUCUGAAAGCAUGAAAAUCACUCAGUCAAUGAAUGGUGGAAUAGGAAGAGGAAUUCCUCGUGACAGAUUAGAACAAAAUGAUACAUGUCUUUCAUCAAUUAGUAAUAUUACACUUAGUGUUGACUGGUGUGUCAAGAAACAUGAAUCAUUGUUUAACCAACUCAUACCACGUUGGGAAUUGGAAGAUUAUUGUUUCGAGUAUAUUGGAAGAGAUGAGUACUAUCUGGUUGUCGAACAGAUGGAACAGACAAGAGAAGAGAGAGAAGAGAUUUUGGUUAAGAUGAAAGAGGCAUUACUUUGGGUAUCAGACAAAGUGUUGUCGGAAGAGAUAGAUAUAGAGGCUAGGCCAAAACACAUCUAUUCAAUGUGGAGCAAGAUGAAGAGAAAGAAUCACCCAUUGGACCAAAUACACGAUCAGUAUGGCAUACGAUUCAUUGUUCCCACGAUACAACAAUGCUACGACCUGUUAGAUGCCAUUCACGCCUAUUACGGACAUCUGCCAGGUGAGUUUGACGACUAUAUAAAGAAUCCAAAAGAGUCUGGGUACCAGUCACUCCACACCAUCAUUAAUUUCAAUUGCAUCAACGUGACAACCGACGCUGGCGAUGGGAGCACAAGACAAGAGUGUGAUACAAGCCGACAACCACUCUAUGCAGAAGUACAAAUUAGAACAAAAGAUAUGCACUAUUUUGCCACGUAUGGUCCUGCAUCCCAUCAAAAUUAUAAAUUAGCAACCAAGAAUUGUAAUUAUAAUUUUGAAUACUUGUAA